AUGGCGGCCCUCUCAGUCUGGCUAGCAUUAACCACCCUCUUGAGCUAUGCAACAGCAAACGCCAACGGACCCCCGUCUCUUCCAGAGUGGGCAACGCCCCCCCUGAACCCGGCGCUCGCGAGCUUCAGCAUCGAGCUCGCGUACUUUACCGAAUACAUGGGCAACCAGUCUGCUCCCAACAACCUGACCCAGAAUGUCUUCGACAACCUCAAGCAGCGGACCGGCGUCUCUCCGGAAGUGCGCAUCGGCGGCAUCACCGCGGACUCUGCGUUCUGGGAUCCCAAUCUCGGCGAAGCCGUGUAUAACUUGCUUGAUAGCUCGGGUGCGCUGGUCAAUACCACUCUGGGUCCGCAGUUCUGGGAUGCCGUCAAGUUGCUCCCGGAUGAUACCAAUAUUGUCUUGACUCUUGACUUGGAAAAUCUCAAUUACACUGGCGCGCUGUCUAUGGCUGAGGCGGCGUGGGCUGUACUAAACGUCUCUGCAGUCGGCAAUGAACCUGAUCAUUACUCGCUCGACCUUAGCGCACAGACCUACACCUCAUACUGGGAGCCCUGGAGCGUAAACAUAUCCAAAGUCCUCGACGUCAACUAUCCCGAGUUCCAGGUGGGCGUGACCGUCGAGGACCCGCUCUGGCCAUACAACACCUCUGCUGCCGAGUCCCAAUUCGACUGCGUCUCCGCGCUCGCUGCGGGUGCGGACGACGGGGAUACCGCGAAGACGUGCAGCGAGCACACGUAUCAGUAUAGUGUCUGCGAUACGACGAGGGCAGCCGACGCAACCCUGACCAACCUAGUCAACCACACUCGGCUGGCAAUGUACCUCGACCUUUGGCAACCCCGUAUCCGCGCCGUGCGGGAUCAGCUUGGGCCUGACUCGUUUGUUAUCGGCGAGUUCAACUCCGUGUCUUGCGGAGGCAAGGAUAAUGUGACCGACACGUUCGGACAGGCGAUGUGGCUCCUGGACACGGCCUUGUACGCUGCGUCUAUCAAUGUCUCUCGGUUCCCCCUCGCGAACAACUACGGCCCCGCCCAAGUGUACCCCGCGUACUCGGCCUACCUCUUCGUCGCCGACGCCAUCGGGACCUCGCGCACGCUCCAGAUCGCCAACAUCUUCCCCGGGCGCCAGACGAACGGGUCCUCGAUCACGACCGCGGGCGGGGACGCGUCCGCGGGGCAGCUCGCCGUGUACGGCUUCUGGGACGAGGCCUCUUCCGCGUCCGCGUCCGCUGGCGGUGGUGCUGAGUACCCGUCGAAGCUCGCGCUGCUUAAUAUGCAGAUAUACAACGAGACCGACGCUGCUGCACGGCCGAGCGUCACCGUUGAUAUCUCGGCGUAUCUCCCGAGCGGCGUGCGGGACACGGGGGUGAUGGCGAAGCGGCUGGUUGCGCCCGGGGCGGAUGUGAAGGCGGCGAAUGCGACGAUGUGGGCGGGGCAGACGUUUGCGCAUGGGUAUGCGGAGGGGGUGUAUGUGGAGGAGACGGUGUAUGGGGGGAGGGUGGAGGUCGAGGCGUCGUCGGCUGUGUUGGUGUAUUGGUAGGGCGGAUGAUGUGUGUUGGGUUGUCGUUUCUGUGUCUUGGUGUAGUGCGCUUGGGUGUCCGCCGGUUCGUGGUGCGAUGGUGUGUCGGCA